CCCACGGAUGCCGGUGUGAGCAGUUUUCUCGUCAGAAUGAUGUUGCAAUCCUGCGGCACCAGCAGCAGAGGAAGGGAGAGCACCUUAAAGGAUGCUGUUCCUCACACCCGUGUAGAUGGGGAGGCCAUGCUGUAUGAAAACUAUCAGGUGGGUAAAAAGAUUGGAGAAGGUAGCUUUGGCAAGGUCUAUGAGGCUAGACACAAAGAAAACAGAUAUCUUCUGGCCAUCAAGAGCCUUAACAAGGAUAAGGCCUCGAGCAUGGCUUUGAAGCAGGUUGAACGAGAAGUGACCAUUUUAAAGAAGGUCAACCAUCCACACAUCAUCAACCUUAAAGAAGUGGUUGAGUCGGCCAAGCGGAUGUAUCUGGUGAUGGAGCUGUGUACUGGUGGGGAGUUGGCAGACGUACUGACCGAGAAGGGGCACUUCACAGAGGAGGAGACCAAGAUCCUCAUGACCAGGUUGUGCAGUGCAAUCUCAUAUCUGCACAAGCAUGCCAUAGUUCAUCGAGACCUCAAAUUAGAAAACAUACUGCUUGCUGAUAACCCAGAUGAUCCCAAAGACAAGCUGUACAUUAAGGUGGGGGACUUUGGACUGUCUGUGAUGAAGGGAGGGACAACAACAGAAAGUAUGAUGCAGGAUUUUUGUGGCACACCUAUAUACAUGGCUCCAGAGGUCCUGGACAACAAGACGUACAGUCAACAGUGUGACGUCUGGGCUCUUGGUAUCAUCAUGUAUUAUCUUCUCUGUGGACAUCCUCCAUUUUGUGCCAAAGAGGAAAGUGUAUUGUUCUAUCUUAUCCGCGAGGCUGAUGUGAAGUUCAGUGAUGAACUAUGGAAAGAUGUUAGUGAAGAAGCAAAAAACUGCAUAUGCCGAAUGCUAAAAGUAGAUCCUGCCCAUAGAAUAUCUGCAGCUGAAGUGCUGAAUCACUCCUGGAUUACAGGUGUGCAACAAGAUGCAAACCAGCCCACCAACGUGUUAGAGAUGAUGAGGAUGUGGAAAGACGAGCUGAAAAACAUAGAUGAUGAACCAGGCAGCAGCGUAGACAAGCCACUGACAGAUCCAGAUCAGGGUUCUUCUGGCUGCUUCAGAAGUUUGCCUGAUAUACCAAAUAGCAUGACCCUGAAGAAGACAGGGGCUGGAAAGGGAGGAACUGUAGUCACCAGUUCAAGUACAUUCAGCACUAGCAUCUCAGAAAAGGUAGAGCUGCAAAAAUCAUCAGGAGGAAAGCAAAGAGCUUCAGGUUUACUUACAACAGCAAGAAUUUCUCUAUCCAAAACAGUACGGACUUCAGGAUCCCUUAACACAGCUGUCUCUUCUAUAUCUUCAUCCAAGAACUCAGUUUCCUUCAAUACACCCAGUUCCUCCACAAGCACAGGCAGUAUUAGCGGCAUUAAAAAUGAAUCGGGAAAUGGCAUGAUGAAAAAUUCUCCAGCCAAAGUUACAAAGAACAAGAAGAAGUGACAGCAGCCUGAAGACCGAUGAAGGAACUCAGUUCUGCAGAGACUUAGCUUUCUCCUGGCAAAGGAUACUUGUCUCCGCCCAAAUGAGGGACCAAUGCACUUGACUGAAGCUUCAGUGCCAGCGUCUUAGAUGACAAUGCUGUGAUUGUGUGCCUUACAAAACAGCUUCUCCCAAAAUGAACUGUACCCAUCAUGCACUUACAGACUUUGGGAUGUUGUUUGGUCAUUUCCAGCGUUGCAUGUUAGUUAAGGCAAGCAUGUAAGGUAAUUUUCAUGAUUUUUAUUUAAGACUACUUGCUUUGGACCAUAGAUUGUUAUACACGAGGUAUGGCCAUGCCGUGACAGUGGAACAGAAUAAGUGCAACAACACUGAAGUUUCCUGCGAAAGAGCAUUCUUAUGCUUCUUUAUCGAGCGAUAUUUCGUUGCAACAGUCUGGGAAGUCACCACCAUCCUAUAUGUGAACUAAUGAGGAAACUAAUCCCUUACCCUAUCUGCUGUUUUGCUGCCUUGUUUUCACCAAGACACAAAUCAUAGCAUCCUUAUAUAAGAAUAUCAUGUUUCAGUCUGAAUCAUUCAGAACUGGAAGGGACAGCAUAUUACUAAGAUAGCUAUAUAUGAGUCAUUCUUUCACAAUGCUAAGAGCUCAUGAUUUAAAAAACAACAACAAGUUGUUGUGAUUACAUUAUUUGAUGAUUUUGUUCAUUAAUUCUUUUGUUGCUUUCCAAUGGAACUGUCAUGAGACAUGGACAUUUGAAUGACUGGAAGUCCAUUAAAGGAGUAGGGAGGUGGUGGGCCAUGCUGGGACGAGAUCACUUGUUUGGGAUACGUUUCAGAUGGCCUCUGUUUAUCACAAAGAAAGAAUCCACUCCCGUCUUAAUAAAGCGAGUGAAAUUACAGCAAAUUGUACAAGUUGUGUGGUCCUGGUGUCAAUGAAAUUGUAAUUAUGUUACUACAUUUUCGUUCAUGCAUGUGUGUCUGCUUAGAGAGUGGUAUGAACUUUUUAUUUUAAAUUGCUUCCACUCAUCAGGAUUGUGAAGAAGUUUGUUUCUUAUUUCAUUUCUAAUUUUAUAAGAGUAUCUUGUGAGAUAAUUUUUGUUAGGAAUGCUUACAACUGGCACACUGUACUUAUAUCACAGAUGAUAUGACAUUGGCUAUCUUGGCGGUACUAGGGGUAGUAAGAAUGCCUACAUUGAUGACAUAGAUCUCCGAAGUUUUAAUUUAAAAUAUUAUUUGGCAAAGAAAAUUUACAGGAGUCAUGUCUCACCUUACUUAGUGCACUCCCUCACCCACACUUUACUAAAGGCUUCAAAAGAUCUCAUAAGUGGUUAUGACAAAAAUGUUUGCAUUUUUACAAACCAAACAUUUACCUGAUGCUGGAUUUCGCUUUGUGUUAAGAAAGGCCACGGGUAAUCCUGACAAAUUGUUCUCGGUGGUUGUGCUUGUCUACCCUUCAGUAAGUUUUACUCUUCUGUUUCACUUCAAGUAGCAUGGUUUGUGGCUUUUAUUUAUUUCACUUCAUAGAUUACAGUGAACUGUUUUGUUUAGCCAUUUCUUUUUUCAGACUGUGUCCACACACACAUAAAACAAGAUGAAUGUGAACAUUAAAUAAGGUUUUUGAAAUUCAUAUGCUGAAAAGUGCAUGGAAGUAAAACAUGUACUAACUGCUUGCUUUUAAUUUUUCUAGAUCAGUUGCAGAUCAGAGAGCUGUUCUAGUCACAAAAAGAUAGGUAGAGAUGAAUGUCCAGUGAUUUUGUCAUGACAGGAAAAGGUGAAAUGAAACAUUUCUUCAUACAUUUCAGUUUCAGAAAACAUUCCUUAAGUUGAAUUUAAACCAUUAUGCAACCAUAAAUUUUACUGCUGAAAAAAAAAACCCAAUUUGAAUGGACUCGAUAAUAUUAAAAAUGUCUAGCUAAUAUUUUAUAAAACAUUUUUUCAUUCUUCUAAGAAACCUUUUAUUCAUGUAGCUUUUUAAAUUGUUAUACUGUUUCACUGUGAUGUCGAAGGAACCAGGUCAUCUGUGAUUAUGCUUUAUUUUAAAAGUCUGAAUGUGAUAACUUUAUGCAACUUCACUUGGACAUCUUGUUACUUUUGAGAGCUGUUCUUGAGAGGAUAAAAUGCAGUUGUGAAUUGAAGUUAACAAGACAAGGUAUGAAAGUCAGCAUUCCUUUGGACAGUGAAUGUGGAAGACAGCAAACAAGUUUAAAAUUCAUGGCUGUAUCAGCAAUUGCAGGGCGAGUGUAAAGUACCUCUGUACCAUACAUUACUUAUAAAUUUUGCAAAUAGCACCACAUUUGCAUGAAAAAAAUAUAUUGUGAUCCCUAAAGUGGUAGAAUUUCAUUGCUGAUUUCUGCUUUUAUUUGUAUUUACGGAAGAUUGUGAUCAUCGGAUAAAGUUUGAAGAGACUAUGUCUGCUUGGUAUGCAGACUGGCCCCAGUUGUGGUCCAUGAUUGACCAGCAAGAAGCCCUGAUCUCACGUCAUAUGCAAUUUUCUUUGAGGGUAGGUGAAGGAUGAGGUUUACUGCACCAAACCAAAAUAUCUGGCUCAGUUGGAAGAUCACAUUUGGCAAGUUCUGGCUAACAUAUCAUAUAAAUUCCUACUGUUGUCAAGGAUAUUUCCAGAUGUUUGCAAAGACUGGUGGACAGUGCUGGUACCUGUGUGGAAUUUUAACAUUCCAGACAAGUUCUACCAUUUUACUGUUCCACUACAUUUUAUUAAUAAUUAAUAAAGUUAUCAACAGAUUUAAAUUAACUUUCUUUCCACUGACCCAGAUUGUUACAAAACUAUUAAGUAAAGAGACUUUGGCCCAUCAUUUGAAAUAGAAUUGUAGGCUGAUUUUAAUACUUUGAUGUUACAAAAAAAGUUUCUUGAAAUAUAACUUGCAAUUAAUAUUGCUGCAUAUGCCUUUAAGAUUUCCUAUGAUGUUUCAUGCAUGCCAUUUGGAAACUACAUUGAUAGGAUCCACGCUGUGCCUUUGCAACAUAAUUUAUGCCCAGUGCCAACUUCCUUUCCCUUUGCUUAUUCAGAUGAAAAGGAAGUAAGCAAUAGGCUUAGCCACCUGUAGAAUGUUUUAACCCAGUCUUGGCUCAUUUACCUGCUGAUAGUGUGCAGUGUUUUAUGCUCAGAAAGAGACCUCAUCCUAUAUGAUUAAUCGGUUUAGAUAUUUUGCACCAAAGGUGUCUGUAAAACCUGUUUGGCUGGAUCUUCAGUUUUUACAGUACUUUUGAAAAAUGUGCCCUAUUUUUCAGUUUCAUGAUCAAAGAUGAUUAUGAACUAGAUUUUCCUGGCUCCUUGCAUUUUAUUAAAUGUUAUUCACUGAAACCCGGCCUUGUUCUCCACCUUUUUCGGCAAGAUUAUUUUGCAAGAGCUCAAAACUCUUGCCUGUAUCUAGAUGGUGUUAUGGAGCAUACAUCGUGGCUCUUUUUCCUAUUUUAAAAAACUGUCCCCAAAGACCUGGCUUUGGUGGGCUUUUUAUUUUUGGCAGGUUUUCCCCGUCUUUUUUUGCUUUUCUUCUUUCACAGAAGACUACCAUAUUGAUGCUCAUUUUCUUUUUCUUUAAUAAACUGAUUUUUCUAAAAGUGAGCUUACAGAGGUCUUUUUAGAUGCAGAUACCUUAAUGCAGGUAAAAUCUGCCUUGUGCUUCAAAUCGUGCCAAAGUGCACUUCUGAUGUUUGGAAAGCAUGGUCAUAUUCCUUACUCAUUUACUUUGUUGCAUUUUAUAGAAUUAGUUGGGUUUUUUUUUAAACUUAGGGGUUGAUGCUGGUGCUUGGCAAGUUUUAAAAGGUAGAAGCUUUAUAUGUACAAAGCGACCCACUUUGUUAUAGUUUAUAUUGCGAGUACAUCAGCUAUGUUAUAGUAUGCAAAAUGUCAUUUUAAUCAUUGUUUACUGUGUGCAAUGUGUAUUGCAACCAUAACAUAUAUGCAAAGUGAACUUUAUUUUCAAUUAGCACAGAUAGUUUUGCAAUAGUUGAAAGUGCUGCACUUACCAAGCAAAUUCAACACUCAGUUUUAUCAAUGCCUUAAAAAAAACCACUUGAUUUAUAUUUUAACAGUUUUAGUUUUCAGAUGAUAAAAGUGAGGAAGUAUAUAGUGAGGGCAAGACAGAAUCUAGUACUGUCACUUAUUAUUGAGAAACUUGCAUCUCGUGCACGACUAUUUUGCUUUUAAGUUAAAGAGGAAAUUGAUAUUUAUGCGAUGACAUCAGUCCUACAAAUAAAGCCUGACCAACACCAUCACAUUUCAGAAAAAAUGCAAGCCCUAUUUUGGGGGGUCCUUUCCUGCCAUAUUACAUAAUUUUAAAGUGUUUUGUGCUUAGUCCUGCAUUUUGACAACAAAAAAGAGCAAGUUAACUUUGAGUAAAAUAUUUCAUUUUGCCCUUUUAUUGACAGCAGUGUAUUAUGUAUCCUAUUUGUCGAGUUUUAAAAAUCGGGCAGCAGUUAAUGCAUUUACAUGGUCGCCAUUCGCACUGCAAGAAGAAAAAUACAAGGAUCUGUUCAUCUCGUAUUUAUUGUCAAUGAAUAUGUAAGAUGAGAUUAAGGGAAGAGCCCUGGUUAAAGAUUUCAAGUUCUGUAUUAUCAGUUUUAGAAUUUUGUUUUCUUACCAACAUCUUGGAGAAGAAAUUCUGCCUUAUGUUGACACAAUAAAUUGGAUAUGAUUGUA